ACAUGCAAUAAUAAACAACCUUUUCAUGUAGGAGUCCAAACACUUCUGUCGCUGCCACUGCAGCUCCUUGAUCUCAUCAUAAUGGCAACAAUUCGGGCCUCGAGAGAGGCAUUAAGGCUCACACAGCGCAUUACAAGACCCUGCUCUCGUUCAACGUUCCCCUCUCUCCGAACAACGUCUCGGAGUGUUGCAACACAUUGUCCCCCACACCAAGCCAAUGCGAUAUCUGUCCUUCCAACGCUUGUUGAUCAGUCCUCGGAAGAAUAUAAGGAAAAUGCAAAACAAAUGGGAGAAGUGGUGGCGAAGCUGGAGCAGUUGACAAAGAAGAUACAUCAAGGAGGACCACCGAAGGCACGGGAGAAGCAUAUUGCAAGGAAGAAGAUGCUUCCCAGGGACCGGGUCGCUGCUUUAAUUGAUCCCGGAACUUCUUUCUUGGAACUAUCUACUCUGGCAGGCCAUGAAAUGUAUCCUGAGGCGGAGGUUCCUGCAGGUGGAAUCAUCACAGGAGUUGGUGUGAUCGAAGGAGUUACCUGCAUGAUUGUUGCAAAUGAUAGCACCGUGAAGGGUGGAACAUACUAUCCUAUUACGAUCAAAAAGCAUUUGAGAGCCCAGACAAUCGCUGAGGAGAACAAUCUACCUUGCGUUUAUCUUGUUGAUUCAGGCGGUGUCAACCUUCCACACCAGUCAGAGGUCUUUCCCGAUCGAGACCACUUUGGGCGUAUAUUCUAUAAUCAAGCACGGAUGAGUUCCAUGGGAAUACCGCAAAUAUCAGUAGUUAUGGGCCCGUGUACUGCUGGCGGUGCAUAUAUACCCGCAAUGUCGGACGAAAGUAUAAUUGUUAACGGACAAGGCCAUAUAUUUCUUGCUGGGCCACCGUUGGUUAAGGCCGCUACCGGUGAGGUGGUGAGUGCAGAAGACCUGGGAGGUGGGAAGAUGCACACAUCGGUCUCAGGAGUGGCAGAUUACCUCGCAGUAGAUGAUGCGCAUGCCAUCGUGCUUGCCCGGAGAUCUGUGAGCAACCUCAAUUGGCCAAAGAAGCAAUUCCCUGCUACCGCAGGUUACGAGGAGCCACUUCAUGACCCCGAGGAGCUGGUGGGCAUUGCCAGCACCAAUUUGCGACGACCGUUGCCGGUUCAUGAGAUUAUAGCACGCAUUGUUGAUGGCAGUGUCUUUUCUGAGUUCAAGCGUGACUAUGGCACUACUCUCGUGACUGGGUUUGCUCAUAUCUAUGGCCACAAGGUUGGCAUAAUUGCAAAUAACGGCAUUCUUUUCAGUGAAUCCUCUUUAAAAGGAGCACAUUUCAUUGAACUCUGCUGUCAACGACAGAUACCUCUGAUAUUUCUCCAAAACAUUAGCGGAUUUAUGGUUGGUACAGAGGUCGAACGUGGAGGUAUUGCGCGCAAUGGUGCGAAGCUUGUUGCUGCUGUUAGUUGCGCAGCCGUUCCUAAGCUCACUGUUGUGAUCGGCGCUAGUAAUGGAGCUGGGAAUUAUGGGAUGUGUGGAAGAGCAUUUGGGCCGCGAUUUCUAUGGAUGUGGCCGAAUGCAAAGAUCAGUGUCAUGGGUAGCGAGCAGUUGACUGCAGUCAUGGAGACGGUGGGAAAAACGGUAGAUCCGGAGUUGAAGGCCAGAAUUGAGAGGGAGAGUGAAGCGGUCUACUCAUCUGCAAGGUUAUGGGAUGAUGGCGUUAUUCCACCAAGCCACACGCGACGUGUGCUAGGACUGAGCUUGAUGGCUGCAUUGGGAGGGAAGAACGAGCCAGCUGAGACGAAAUUUGGGGUAUUUAGGAUGUAGAUGCUACAGAAAUAAUACAGAUUAUGGAGAGAAAUAGGUAUACCUUUGGGCCAUUUUCUUGACGUUCCUAAUCUGGGUCAAUUGAGGAGCUUGCUCUCAAAAGGAAUAUCAAAAGAAAAAGGGG